AUGGGACUACCAUCAAUCUAUGCGAAUGAUGAGGAUAAAGUUUCGGUAAAAGGUGGAGCAAAUGGUCGUAUAAUACCGAAGAUAUCGAAAUCCAUCAAGGAAAUCGCGAACAGGCCGAAUAAUGGAAAAUAUACAGUCAGUGACAUCGAGAAUUUGAUGCUAUCGAGAACUAAUGAAUUUGGCCGCGGUGAUGAGGACUUCCCGAUGCUAGAAAUGGAGGAUGAAGAUGAGAUUCAGCUAGUGUCAAAUAUACUGUCACAACGAAGGCGCAGUACUUCGGAAGAUGCAGACUCUUCAGUUACAAGAGACGCUUUAGACCUCGAAAUACCUGCCAUGAUGCCUACUAAGGUCAAGAGCAUUUUUGUUGCCGAUACGAAUUUUCUAAUAUCCCAUUUGUCUACUUUGGAGGCCUUGAGGCAGUUGGCUUCAUCGUUUCAUCACCAGAUUGUAAUUCCCAACGCUGCAAUACGAGAACUCGAUGGGCUGAAAAACUCUUCGAAGAUGAUGAAGGUUGACGAUAAUACUGAGGCCAUUGGAUUUCUAGCACGGUUGGCUAACGACUGGAUAUACAGUCACUUUGCUAACAUGGACUCAGGAGUUAUGGGACAGAAAUUGCGACAAACGAUAAAUCCAAACUCUAUCAAAGACGAUGCUAUACUUGAUUGUUGUCUCUUUUUCAAGGAAAAGCUAAAUUGCUUCGUAGUACUUUUGUCUAACGAUAAGAAUCUGUGCAUGAAAGCUCUCACGGAGGAGAUUCUGACUGUAUCUUUCAGAAAUGGCAUGACGGCUCAGCUAAUUGCUUCAAUGACACUCAAUGAGAACUUGUCCCUCUAUGGUGCCUGUCCGGCGCUGGAUGAACAGAUGAUCGGUACGGAAGAGCCCGGUAUCAAUUCUACAGAUGUUGCAGCAAAGAUAUACAGAGAAAUCACAGCGGCCGUGAUCGAAGCAGUGUGUCACGUUUUAGCCAAUGAGUACGGUGAUGACAUUGAUUUGAUAGGCUUCCAACCAGGCACACUGCUUGAUCUGAAAUCAGUAACGAAAUGCAUUGACAGAUUUUGGGUCUCCGUAUUCGCAGAAUAUUUUGAGGGCUGCAAAAUCAAGAAAAAUGACUGGAGGAACUUCCCGACUGCCCUCACAGCAAGUCCGACGGACAUCGGUUGCUUGAAGAAUUUUUUUAAGUCCUGGGAAGAGAUUUUGAAUAUUCUUUACCUAAAAAGAAACCAAGCUGACGUCGCCAAUAUGCACAAUAUGGUACAGCAAUGGACAGGUCUUAUCCAUGGAUAUCACUAA